GCGAGCUGUUGCUCGUUUCCAAUGAGUUCGACCCGUUCAAGAAUCGCGUCUGUGGAAGACGCCGACGACGACGGAAACAUUAUCCAAGGAACCUCCCGCUACGCUGCCUCUGUUGGCUCCAAAGAAAACUCGAGCUCCGGUCGCGCACGAAAAGAGCACAAGAAGUCAGACUCUUCACCCAUAGUGACAAACGGCCAGCCCGACUCCGACUCGACACAAAAUCCCCGCAGAAGCGAAUCCUCAAAGACAGCACGAAGAGAGCGCGAAAAGUCGACAUCUGGGACCAAAAGAUCCAGCAUGUCGUCCUCACGCCCCGUUCCACGACAUGCUAACACCACCGGCAAUCUUCACCGGCGGGGAGAUUACGACAGGAACGGAAGGGAGAUCGAGGCCUCAUAUUACGGUGUGAGCCCUACCAUGACAACCUCCUCCUCUCGACCGCCUCGUCCUCAGACCUCCACUCCCCGGCCCGUUAGUUAUUACGGGACAGGCCCGACACGACCACCUCCACCUUCUGCUCGCUAUAUUGCCUCUGGGCCUCCGCCUCCUCCGCAAUUCAUGCCUCAAUCCUAUCCAGCUACUCCGCCAACAUGGGCUGGACCGGGACCCAUGCAGCCAUUCCCGAUUCCGACGCCGGGCUCGUUGAGCCGACAGGCUACAGACUACUUCUCUGCUCAACCCGUUGAUGCACGCUUAGAUGCCCAACUCGCUGCUCUUAGCCUCGGAACUAGCCCGAAUCGCCCCCGAACCGCCCUGGCUUAUCGUACCUCCCGCACUCUUGAAUACGGGGAGGCAGAUUUCGACGAAGAGAACGAGAGAUCGAUGCCGCGGCCUUCUCUUUCCCACAGAAAGCUGUCGAGGGACGAAGAUGCGCGAAGAAUGCCCCCUCCAGUCAGGUCUUCUACUGCUCACCCGUCAGGCAACCCACAUAGGCCACCGCCAGUACCCUCAACACCAGGCAGACGAGCUUCACGAUAUGCCGACGAAGAUCAGUCGGGCGAUGCGUUAUUUGCCCUUUCGCCAACUCCUUACGAGUAUCAAACCCCUGCUCCCGCUGCAAGCCGAGCGCGGUCCAAGUCAAGACCGAGGCACCAGCGGCGACCCAGUGUCAGUGCAGGAACAUACGAAGACCAGGAGUCCAGGAUGGAAAUAGCCAGCCGGCAUAAUCGGCGACACUCGUAUUAUGGAGCAGCACUACAACCAGUUACUGCUUCUGGAAGCGGUUACGAAGAAAAGAUCCGUCAAGCUGCCAAGUACCAGACCGAGACACUUGGUGGUGAUCCGAUGCCGCUCACGGCCGAAACUCUCCGCAGAGCCCAAAGGAACGGCGGUAGCAGUCGUUCCACCAAGAGCUCGGAAGAAAGCCGUGAUGAGAGCGAUUACAGGCACUCGGCAACAACACGAACCACGCGGUCAAGCGCCAAUCCACAUGAAGAUGUCACCAUUCGGGUGAUGAAGGGCAAGGGUGCCGUGCUUGAAGUCAACGGUGCAAAGCUGAAAUGCGCUGGCGGUGCUGAAAUCAACAUCUCAAGGAACGCCAUCACCUCCGGGCGAAACGGAAAUGAGAAGGCGUACUACGAUUACGAGGAGGAAUAUGAUGAGCGCCAGCCUCGGUAUAUCGAAGAUGGACGCCAGCAGCACUAUGAAGAACGUCAUUCUCGGGCUGAGCGAUCUCAGACCAGAGCUCGCGCGGCCUCGCGGGCGAGGUCACGCCCAAGAUCAAUGCAUUAUGCUGGUCGCGAUAUUGACGGUACCGAUUACGACUAUAUCCCGGCCUAUCCCGAAUACCCAUCGGAUCCUCCGACAUAUCGCUACUGAGCGGUCACUGGGUCAUGAACGAAGAUUUACGACUGAUUGUCUUUUUUUCCCCCUUUUUUUAUGUUUUGGUUCUGAUGAUUACGAGAUCAUGAGACGACGAAAUGACAAUGAUAAAGACACAGAAGGAUGAGCAGGAACCGAGUUUGUAUCAUGUUCUUUAUGGCCCUUAUGUUUAGCGUUGAUGAUGUCUUCCUUCCUUUUCUUCGAUUCUUCAUAAUAUCUUCUUUACCUACUCCUCACUUGGAUUUUGUACGAUUUUCUUCUUGGUUGGCACUUUUAGUCUUGCUGCAAGUCACUGUCUGAUGGACCCGGGAAAAGUUUUGGAGAGACGAUACCCCAUAUCUGGCAUGGCACAAAAAAAAUCAUUUAAGCACGACAUGAUCGAUUUCACAUUCUGUGAUUCCUGCUCUCUACUUGUUGAUCAAGAUCUUAAUUACUUCUGGUUCGUUAAGGAAAAGUGGUGGUAGUGGUGACAGAGUUCAAUAUACAUUCCAAACCCGAAGCAGAUGAACAGUUGGCAUGAAACCCGGACAGUAGAUGGUCGGCUAGAAAUACCUAUCUACAUUCUCUUUUACAUUCACUUAGCAAUGUCACUUGCUUCAUCU